AUGAAUUUCUUUAAACCCCAACAAGCGGCGGCAUCGGCGUCGGCAUCGGCGUCGGCGUCGGCGUCGGCGUCGUCGUCAUCGCCGUCGCAGCAUCUCCUCCAGCAAGCCUUCAAUUCCCUCCAAACCCACUUCUCUGGCUUCCUCGACAACCUGCAGAGCAACCCUUCUCUUAAAAGUAGUCUGUUUGCCAAAAUUCCAAACGGAAACAAACCGGCCUCUAACAGUUCGAACGCCAGCACUGUUAAUAGCACUCCCGCUGCUAGGAAUCGCGCUAUGCCUCCUGAAGCUAUCGAGGAGAGACUGGCCGGUGUGCCAGUAUACGCUCUGAGCAACGGUUCCAAAGAUUUUAUUUUACUUUCGGGCGCGAACACUGGGAAAAACCUUGGUUUAUUCUGUUUUAGUGAAGCUGAUGCGAACUCCCUUCUUUACCAGAUGAAGUCUGUGGACCCAUCCGCGGGUUCUGACUCACAAGUGGUUGCUGUCGCUCUAAGCAAGGUUUUUCAGCUUAAAGUUGAUGGUGUGGCUUUAAGACUGAUGCCCGAGGCUUCUCAGAUUAGGAAUGCCUUGAAGGUGAGCUCUGGUUGCCAUCAUAAAGUACAUUGUUCUAUUCUUGAAUUCUGUCGAAUUUCUGCGUUAAUAUAUUAUUGUGUGCUUUACUUAAAUGCUCAGGAGGAUCUGGAGAAGUCCCUUUCAAAAGCUUCACAUGAUCAGAGGGUGUUGAAUCCUAUUCUGAGGCCAGGGGAUAUACAGGUUGAACUUCCAACUUUUCUUCAAUCAGAAGACACCGAUAGUUCAACAUCGUCAUGGGAUGAUGUCGUUUUCGUCCCUCCGGGUUUUGAUGUCAAGACCGAUCCAUCUUGGCAACCUUAA